ACUCCCUCUAUGUACCCAUUGUCCAUUGUGGAGCCCGCGAAAUAGUUCCCUUAUCUUCUCGUUUUAUUUUCCUGCCUCCAUUAUUUUCCCAAUGCGUACUAUUCUAUAAAAGUUUUAUAUCGAAACUUUUCAUUGUCGCGUUGAAAAGAAACCGUAUCGGUUUUUCAAUCAUGCGAGGUCCUGCCACUUUGAAUUUGCUUCUUAGUUCCAUCUUUCUCUUGACAUGUUUUGCAGAUGAACAACUACAGAGUAACAAUAUUGUGAAGGCAAGAAUAGAGAGUUGUGGUGGAUGACGUUUGAACAGACUUCCUCAGGUGAAGAAAUUCAUUUACGAGGAUGUUGAGUUAUUUCAUAAUGUACUGUUCAAGCCAAUUCCUGGUGCACCUCCUUCCCUACUUCUGCUAAAUGAGUUUGACGAAGUCCUGGAGAAAGUGGAUAUAUCAGACUUUUCCAGGGAAGAAUGCAACAAUUUUCUUCUUCGUAAAGGCUUCUAUAAGAAGUCAAAUUCCCAGGAUGAGGUGCCUGAACAGUUUUUAACUGGUCCUUACCUUCCAAGAGAGGAUUUGUAACAAAACUGUUGGUUUGCAAAUAUUUCUGAUAGCUUCUCUGUGCUGUUUUCCUAAAGCACAAAUUCUUAUUGGCUUAUAUGAAGCUUGCUUUGUUAAACAUUUAUAAUGUGCAUGCAAGCAGAUAAGGCAGUCCAGUUUCUGUACUGUGGCCACAAAAUUUGAUGCUAUUGAAUACAACAAGUCAAGCUAUA